AUGGCUUGUAACGAAAAUGUUAUAAAAAAUAUAGCCAAUGAAAUAGCACGUAAUUGUCACGCACAAAAUAACAUAUCUGUUGAUACAGAAUUUGUAAUAUACUUAAUAGAUCUUUUACUUCUUAACCCGAAGUAUGGGAAACUGUUUUCGAAAACGAUUCGCCGCAAUAACUUGGAGUUUUUCGUAUCGGAGUGCAUUUCUUUACUUACAAAAUGCGAAACAUCUAUAAAUACCCUAAAAAUGCAGUUUACGAUGCAAACAAACUAUGACAAACUGCAGAGUUUGAUUGAUAAACAUUUGGAUUCAAUUAACAAUUGCCUACGACCUCUGGUAGCGGAGAUUGUAGACGAGGAUCCGGAAGAUGACGCCGCGUUUAAGAAACUAUUUAGAAAGAUGUCGAUUUAUGUUAUUCUUUCCAGUGGUCUUGGUAACCCAGGAAAUAUUGGGACAUUAAAAGAAGGCAUGGCGGCAUUAGAAAGCGUGUUUUCUCUCGAUGAUCUUAAGGUGUUCAUCUCAUUACCUAGGAGCGAGAAGUUGGUCCAGCUCAAUGAGCUGAUGCAAGUGGCAUCAGGCGUGAGACUGUUUAAUAGAGACUGCAAGAAAGGUGGCGAAGGCAUUCCUGACUUGCCGUUCAAUUUAGUUGACGCCGGUAAAGCAUGUCUCUCCUCACUUUCCAACUCUUUAAUCGCCGUCAUGCAGCGAGUUAACACGCUCACCACAGCAAUAUCUGAUACUAUUUCGAUUCAAGAUGAGACUGGCAAUGUCAUCAUAGAUCUACCUCCAAACUCGCUUACCGAGGCGGAUUACAAGCAAAUAUUCGAACUGCUAUCUUUCAACCGGCAAUAUGAGGUAUACAUCCGUAAACUUUUAAACGAUGUGGAGACCCUCGUUGAAGGUGGUUCGCAGCAGGUUGAACGGUUCCGGGUCGCAUUGGAGGAACUACACUCUGCUGUCAAGUAUAAAGCUGCUGUGCCCAUUGUUACCGUAUUUCCGCUAUUCUCGAAGGUAUGGCAAGUUUGGCGAUGUAUGCAGAACAUUAUGUACUUGGUGGCGACUGUCAAUCGGCUAAUGGGUGCUCUGGCAGUUAUACAAGACCAAAUGAAGCUUCCAUACCCCAUACUCCAAAAUAUGCUCCGAGGGAGAAGUGUUGUCACAGACCAAGAUAGAGCUAGCCGGCUUAGUGUAGAAGAAAGGCUGUCUUUGGGUUCUAUAAAAAACUAUGUGGCUUAUUCUGAUAGUAUGUCCUCCAUCAAGGAUAAACAUAUACAGUUUUUAGGUUUCUGCGCUGUAUGCCUAAGUGUUGGCGCUUUGGUUCCCAGUAAUAUGAAGUUGGGACUUAUUAGAUGUGAAGGAGGGCGUUACGGGUUUUGCACGGUCAAAAUGGCUGCCAGAUUCAGUAGGGAUCCACGCAGAUAUAUAAACGAAGUAUUGGAAUAUGCCCGUAAUAACCCUCACCUUAUAAACUUGCUGAGUAUUGCACCCGCUGUUCAUAAAGUGAGAGAUGUCGAUCGACUAGUUACCAGAGUGGAACCUAAAACGAAAGUGUCAGACAAGGAUAUACAGACAGAGACCCACCCUGUAGACAGUUACAUCGAAAAGAACUAUACUUGGGACCUCUGGGAAUGGAAGCGACGAGCCUGUCAAUGGGCUAACAUAGUAAAAUGUCAAACACAUUCAACUCAAACAAACUAUAGUCACAUGAGAUCUGAAAUCCACUGUCAGACAGUGGAACCACGACAUAAGUGCCUUCAAACAAAACAAGAUUGUGGGGUCAAUACGAAUCCCAAUGAGGUCUUUCUAUGGGGUUUACGGGGUCAGUUGGGGUAUGGUCAGCAUCCAAUGCAAUUGAAGGAAACUGAUUCAGAGAAGAAAAAAGCUCAAGUAAUCAAUGUAUGUACCUGGCCUUGCAAUCUCGGAGACGACAACACCAACUGA